AUGUUUCCAAGCACAACCAAUCAUAACAAGCAGACAUCCAACGAACGUUUUCCAAUCACAACGUUUCGCCUCAAAACCUACGAAGUAGCAAUUGCCGAAUUAAGAAAAGCUUUUGGAAUCUUAUGA